AUGGGGGGGGGGAGGAUCCCCACGUGCCCUGCGCAGCCCCUGCCCAAACGCAGCUCCGGCCAGCGCCAGUCUCCUCCUCCUCCAGGCAGCGGCAGCCGGGCGGGACCGACGCGCCAGCAGCUGCGCCUCCCUCCCCCACCCCCUCCGGGGAGAGCAGGCGGCCUCCUCCGCCGGGCGCCGCGGCCUCACCCCGCCGCCCGGAGCGGGGCCUGCCCCGACACACACCCCCCCCCCCGGCACCGCGGCCGCCUCCGCCGCCACCCCCCCCCGGGGCUCGGCCCGGCUCGGCUCGACCCCCGCGGCCGGAUCGCUCCGCCGCCGCCCGCCGGGGAGACCCGGGGCCGUUCGGCCUGCGCGGCGCCCCGCUCCGGUCCCCCCCGCGGAGACUCGGGCCCUCCGCCCCGGAGGCUCGGGCCCCCGCGGCGCUCUCCCCGCCCGGUUACCGGGCCAGGCCGGCUCGGCUCCCCGCGCGGCGGGCUCGGGCGGACAAUGGCUGGCUCCGCCCGCCGGCUCCGCGGCUCGCCCCGCUCCGGCCCGGGGCGCUCGGCGGCCGCCGACGCGGAGCCGCCUCCCGAGGCUCCAGGGCAGGAGGGGGCGGGCGGGGGCAGGACUCGCCGCGCCGGAGCCGCUAGGGGCGGAGGCGGGGGGCGCCGCCGCGGCGCUGGAUGCCCGGCUGGGGGCGUCCGGGCAGCGCGUCCUCCCCGCACCGACCCCCGGGGAGCCCCGCUCCUCCGCCCAGCCCGGCCCGCCGGAGCCCCGCUCCUCCGCCCAGCCCGGCCCGGCGGGGGGCCGCAGCCCGGCGCCCGGCCGGCGGGGCGAGGAACCAGCCGGGGCACGCACCGGAUGGCGGGCGGGCGGGCGGGCUGGCGGCGGCCGGGCGGAGACGGCGACCUCAGCGGCCCCGGCGCGGAACUCACCGCCCCGGGGAGACGAACGAACGAACGAACAAACAACCGCCCAGCCCUGGAAACCUGCCCCCGGCAGCCAGCCGCCCCGGGAGCCGCCCGACCGGGGCCGCCCGCGUCCCGCUCCAGCCCCUCGUGCGGUCCCCCCCCUUGCCCGCGGAGCGGCAGCGCACACGAGGCGGCGGGCUGGCGGGCUCCCCCUCCCCUACCGCCGCCGCGGGUGCUCCAGGGGGCCCCGGUUCCGCAGCAGCCCGCUUUCCACCCACCCCGCUUUGUAAGCCCCGAUGCCCGGGCACGCCGAGGCUCAUGCAGCCGCCGCUUCCUGCAUAUGGCGAGAUCCCCGGGCCUCCCUCCUGCUUGCGGAGCGCGUGGAAAAUCCGCCUCGAUCUGCCCAGGCAGCCAGCACAAAAACCCCCCGCUUUACCCGACACGAAAAAAAAAAAAUCCCCGAGGCCCUCCGCUGCCUCCUGCCCCGAUCGCCUUCUCCUUACCGAGUCAGCCGGGCACCAGCCGAGUCUGCGACCGGGGGGGAGAAGCAGCAGCUGCAGCCAACCGCGCCACCGGAGCCUGUGGAGGAAACAAAGCGCCUCCUCCAGCCCCAGAUGGCGAACCAGAGCGUCGGCUAAUGGCGAGCUCCACAUGA